AUGACUUUGGCUAAUGUGAAUUCAGCUUUUUUCAAUUUCCCCAGUUUUGGUUCAGACACAAAGGACAUCACCUUCCAAGGCGAUGCCUUUGCAUCAAACGGUGUUCUACAGCUUACAAAUACUAUAAACGGUAGUGCCCUUCCCACCAGUGCCGGAAGAGCCUCUUAUGCUGCACCACUGCGCCUUUGGGAUGCCAAAAGAGGAGAACUUGCAGGGUUCACCACCACCUUCUCUUUUGUGGUGACACCAACUGGUGCAGGACCUUUUGGCGAUGGACUCUCUUUUUUCAUUGCACCUUUCCACUCUGACAUGCCCCAUGACUCAAGUGGUGGAUUCCUUGGACUCUUCAGUGCCGAUUCAGCUUUCAACGCGUUAAAAAACCAAAUAGUGGCUGUUGAGUUUGACUCCUUUGGGAAUAAAUGGGAUCCUGCAUCUGCACAUAUAGGUAUUGACAUAAACUCCAUUGCUUCAACCAAAACUGUACCCUGGCAGAAUGGAAAUUUCGAGAAAUUUAUAACAACGUAUGCCACUGUGAGUUAUGAACCUGUCAAAAAAAAAUUAACUGUAUUCAGUUACCCUCAUAGCCAGGAGAGUCUAAAAAAUGUUUCUUCCAGCAGCAUCUCGUUUGUGGUUGAUUUAAGGACUGUUCUUCCCGAAUGGGUUAGCGUUGGCUUCUCUGGUGCCACCGGACACCUGGUUGAGAUGAAGUUGGCAUAUCAGUUGAGGAAACGGCUUUUCAUCCACUGCUGGUUUAGAGUGGCUUUGCAGCUCAUCUUACUCUUUCUUGGUGCCUGUUCUGAAGAAAUAUUGCGCAACUAUGCAUUCAGCCUCAAGCUACAUUCAGCCAUUAUCAGCAACCUUGCACCGAGGCCUCCUCCUCCUCCUCCUGCAGUCAAGCUUACAGAAAAUCCUCAGCAGGUGGUGAUUGGCAACGGCAUGGUAUCCUUCAAUUUGUCAAAGCCCAAGGGAUAUAUCACUGGAAUAUAUACUGGAAUUAACAAUGUACUUGACCCUAAAAAUAAAGAAAAGGAUAGAGGUUACUUGGACGUUGUUUGGAACAAAAAAGGAAAAGCUGGGAAGUUUCAGAGAGUCGAUGGGAAAAAUUUCUCGGUCAUUGUAGCAAACGAGAAUAUAGUGGAGGUUUCAUUUUCAAGAAAAUGGACAGCUUCCAUGAAAGGCUCAAGUGUGCCCAUAAACAUAGACCAGAGGUAUAUUUUGCGAAGAGGCGAAUCCGGGUUUUAUUCAUACGCAAUAUUUGACAGAUCACCACGAUUACCUGCGGCGGAGGUUUAUCAAAUUAGGACUGUUUUCAAACUCAACAAAGCCAGGUUUAAGUACAUGGCCAUAUCCGAUGCAAGGCAAAGGAACAUGCCUUCUCAGAGAGAUAGAGACACGGGUCAACCCUUGGAAUAUCCUGAAGCUGUUCUCUUAUCCCAUCCACCUGACUUACAAUUUAAGGGAGAGGUAGAUGACAAAUACCAAUACUCAAGUGAGUACAAAGAUAGCUGUGUGCAUGGUUGGAUUGCGAAGGAUGAACCAGAAGGUUUUUGGGUGAUAACACCAAGUAAUGAGUUCCGCAGUGCUGGGCCUAUUAAGCAAGACUUGACCUCUCAUGUUGGUCCAACUACUCUUUCCAUGUUCACGAGCCCUCACUAUGGUGGCAAAGAUGUAACCAUGAAUUUUGGUGAAGGGGAGACUUACAAAAAAGUUCUUGGCCCCACUUUUGUUUAUCUUAACUCUGCUCCAAACAAAGCUCAGUUUCGGUCUCUGUGGUCAGAUGCUGUAAAGCAGUUAUCCAAUGAAGUCAGAAGAUGGCCUUAUGAUUUCGUUGGAUCAAAAGAUUUCCUUCCACUCAAUCAACGCGGAACAGUGUCAGGACGACUACUUGUCCAAGAUGGGGUAUGUAAAGCUCAACCUGCUCACAAUGCUUACGUUGGACUAGCUUUGCCUGGAGAUGCAGGAUCAUGGCAGAAAGAAUGCAAGGGUUAUCAAUUCUGGACUCAAUCUGACAGAGAUGGACACUUCUUCAUUAAAAAUAUUGUACCUGGGGGUUACAACUUGUAUGCAUGGGUUCCUGGCUUUAUUGGAGAUUAUAUAUAUCCAACUAAGAUUUCCAUCAAACCAGAUACCGAUCCAUUUAUGAUCAAUAGUCCAUAUUGUAUUUGCAAUCUCACACUCCAAGAACACCUUGCAUUUGCUAACUGCACUCCCCCAGCAUCAAAUUAUCUUGGUAGAAAUCCCUCUAAUGCUAACCUCGAGACGAUGUGCAAUAACCCUUCAAGCUUAAAUUGGGGAAACAUCAACUUGGACUCACUUGUAUAUAAUCCUCCAAGAAAUGGUCCGACACUAUGGGAAAUUGGGAUCCCUGAUCGCUCAGCUGCGGAAUUCUAUGUACCAGACCCUAACCCCGAGCUCCGGAACAAAUUAUACACGAACCUUGGCCCAGACAAGUUUAGGCAAUAUGGCUUGUGGGCACGUUACAAUGAGUUGUAUCCAAAAUCUGAUCUCAUUUAUACAGUUGGUGUUUCUGACUAUCAUAAGGAUUGGUUUUAUGCUCAAGCCCUCAGCAAGAAAGAGAUUUGUGCCAACCACAUGGCAGAUUCAUUUCCAGCUUCGAAAUAUCAUAAUGCGAGGAAACUACACACUGCAAUUGGCCCUUGCGGCUGCCACUUAUUCUAG